AUGGCGGCCUCUGGUGGCCAAGCGGAGUUGGUUCUGGUGGUACAGAUUGACAUCAGUAUGGAUCCACACCACCAGCCUCUGAUCAGUGACUGUCUGAUACAUAUUUUCACUUUUCUGAGCGAGGAAGACUUAAUCAGUGCUUCGAGCGUGUGUAAGGAGUGGCAUGAAACUACAGAGAGUCCUUGGUUAUGGAGGAGGCUGUGUCUGCAGCGCUGGAGUUUCUGUAACCCGGCUGCCCUGCAGAAAGAAGACGGAAGUCACUCCUGGAAGACAUAUUAUUUGCAGCGAUCCCACCUGGAGAUGAAAAUGACGAAAGGCAGCUCGGGAGGUUACACCUGCAAAAGCCUGAGAGGGCACACAGGCAGAGUGGUAGGUCUUACAUACCUACAGGGGAAUUCAAGCCAGCUUCCAGACCUCUGGGACAACAGCCCUGUAGUAUGCAGUGCUUCCACUGAUGGUACAGUCCGAGCAUGGAACAUCCAAAAUUGUGAGCUCCUGUGGAGCAGUCCUGUGCAGAGUCCGUUGACCGGGAUGGUUUGUGAUCAUAAGAAUGAAGUCGUGAUCACGUCAGACUGCACAGGCCUUGUUAAGACCUGGCAGGGCCGGACCGGCCAGGAGACGGCCUCCUUUCCCACCGCGUCUCCACACUGCUCACUACUGCAGUACACCACAAACAAUGGUUGGUUCCUCACGGUCGGAACCAGUCAGGGAUCAGUGCGCACACUGGCUGAUUUUACUUUGACUGAAAAGUCCAACAUAAUGGUGUGUGACACCUUUAAAGUCAACAUACUUCAACUUUCACCUGACAAGAAAUGGAUCACUGCUGGAACUAAGGACAAUGAUGACUUAAGCCCAAAGGUGGUCUACACUGAGAGUUUGACCUCUCCGUCUAACGACGAAGAUCCUCUGUGCCAGUCUGUGCCAGUGUCCGGCUGCCAGGCCGCUGUCUUCAUACCCACACAGCCUGCCAGACUGGCCAUCCUCCACCACAGUCAGCACGGACACAACAACAAAGCCCUCUCUGUUUUCGACGUCAGCAUUAAAAAGACGAAGUACAAGUCUGAGAUCCAGGUCCAGCAGGUGGAGUCCUUCCCCUUGACAUUGAGCACGAGGUCGUCAAAAUUCCUUCUAGAGGCCAAGAGCACCAACUGCUUAGUGUUGGCAGUUGAUGAGCAGCUGUUGGUGUACUCGCUGAAAGGAGCCCUGCUCUCUAGCUUUAAAGAUCACAUUAUGCCCAUCUCAUCCAUAUGCGUGGAUAGUUUUCGUGUGGUGACGGCCUCACAGGACCUCUCCUUACGAGUGUUGACGUGGAGGAAGGACAGGGACCAUGGGCAUGCCCUAGAGAGUCAGUACCACUUGCUGGGAGGCACUCACACUAUGUUCAGAGGGUUCACACAUGUUGCCUGUGACUACUCCAGCAUCGUGGCCUCAGCGGAAGGGAAAGAUGGCAAAGAUGUCCUCAAAGUGUAUUCUUUCACAUCUUGA